GGACAGAGUUUGGUGGUCAGACGGACCAGAGGGGGGGAGUGAGACAUGGCCAGGUGGUCUGAUGGUGGCGCUAUGACCAGUCAACAGUCUCUCUGCAGCACGGACCCGGCCCCCAAAACCAAGCGCAGCUGUUCCACUCUCAAGCUGUUCAUCAUGGCGCUGGCCUUUGCGUACUUCUCCAAGGCGCUGGCCGGGUCCUACAUGAAGAGCGCCAUCACUCAGAUAGAGAGGCGCUUCGAGCUGUCGACCACCCACGUAGGGAUGGUGGACGGCAGCUUCGAGAUGGGCAACCUGCUGUUUCUGGUCCUGGUCAGCCAUUUUGGCGCCAGGCUGCACCGGCCGCGGCUCAUCGGGGUGGGCUGCCUCCUGAUGGCCGCCGGCUCCUUCCUCACCGGACUGCCGCACUUCUUCAUGGGCAGCUACACGUACGACACGGCGGUCCACAGCUCCCUCAGCGACAACGGCAGCAUCGCUGCGUGCGUGGACACCCUGGAGCUGGACCCGGGUCCAACGCUAGCGGACCGCACGGCGUGUGUGAAGGACCCCAGCUCCCACAUGUGGAUCUACGUGCUGCUGGGCAACGCUCUGAGGGGCCUUGGGGAGACCCCCGUCACUCCGCUGGGGAUCUCCUACAUCGACGACUACGCCCGGGCCGAGAACUCCCCCUUCUACAUCGCGUGCGUGCACACCGUCAGCCUCCUGGGGCCCGUGUUCGGGUUCCUCCUGGGAUCCGCGUGUGUGCGGCUCUACGUGGACAUAGGAUACGUGGAUCUAGACAGCGUGACCAUCUCCCCUAAAGACGCCCGCUGGGUGGGCGCCUGGUGGCUGGGCUUCUUCAUCUCCACCGCCCUCCUGCUCCUCUCCGCGAUCCCCUUCUGGUUCCUGCCCCGCACCCUUCCCAAGCAGGGCCCCCCCGAGGGGGAGGGGGCCCCGACCCACCCCCACGCCAUCCAGGAGGGGCUCCUGGAGCUGGACGGGGACGUCCCCCCCAGCCCUGAGGACAGACCGGCCCCCGUCCACAAAGGGCUGCUCCAGUCCCUGAAGCAGCUGUUGGGGACUCCGGCCUACCUCCUGCUGCUCUGCUCCGGGGUGCUGCGGUUCAACGCUGUCAUCGGCCUCUUCACCUUCAAGGCCAAGUACAUCGAGCAGCAGUUCGGACAGUCCGCCUCCCGGGCCAACUUCGUGAUCGGCGCUCUGACGCUGCCGGUGUUUGCGGUGGGGAUCUUCCUCGGGGGGCUGCUGAUGAAGAGGUACCGGCUGAGCGUGUUCUCCGGCGCCCUGCUCUCCUUCGUCACCUCCGUCGUGGCCUUCCUCCUCUUCCUCCUGCUCCACCUCGGCACCAAGUGUGAACACGUGGCCGUCGCCGGACUCACCGUCUCCUACAACGGGACGGCGGGCGUGUGGGGCGGGGACGAGGCGGUGGUGGCCCCCUGUAACCAGGCCUGCUCCUGCCCCCUGGGGGCCUGGGACCCCGUGUGCUCCCAGAGCGGCAUCACCUACACCUCGCCCUGCACCGCGGGGUGCCUGGGGUCCUCGGGGAGCGGCAUGGCCACCGUCUUCCACAACUGCAGCUGCCUGUCCCACUUCUACCCAGAAGGGGGCAGCACCUCAGUGAGCCUGGGCCAGUGUCCCCGUGGCAACGACUGCGUCCGCAGCUUCACCUCCUACAUGGCCAUCUCUGUCCUUAGCUCCUUCAUAAGCGCCUUGGGAGCCAUGCCAGGCUACAUGGUUAUCAUACGGUAUGCUACGCUUACUAGGGCUACAUGGUUAGCAAAAAGGUAUGCUACACUCUCUAGAGCUACAUUGUAAUUAUCCUCUACACUA